GCUGCGUCUCCAUGAAGGGAAGGUGGUUAAGGACCGCAGGCAUCACCUGAGGACGUAUCCCAACUGCUUUGUGGCCAAGGAGCUGAUCGACUGGCUGCUGGAGCACAAGGAGGCGUCAGACAGAGACACGGCCAUCAGCAUCAUGCAGAAACUCCUGGAUCAAAGCAUUAUCCAUCACGUUUGUGACGAACACAAGGAGUUCAAAGACAUGAAACUGUUCUAUCGCUUCAGGAAAGACGACGGGACGUUUCCACUGGACAACGAAGCCAAGGUCUUCAUGAGGCUAUCUGCCAGCUCCACAGCAACCUUCUUUGUGCCAGCUCCUGCCCAGCCCCUGUGGCUGAUGAUGAACACAGAGACGUCCAUCCUAGCGACUCGGGAAGAAGAGGGUGAGACGUUUGAACGGACGCUGGUGGCCUCGGAGCUCGUUGAUUGGCUGCUGGCAGAGGGAGAGAUGGCGACCCGAGAGGAGGCGGAGCAUCUUGGACGGAGGCUUCUAGAACACGGGAUCAUGCAGCAUGUGACCAACAAGCACCACUUUGUGGAUGGAGGGCUGCUGUACCAGUUCAGACUGAACUUCCGAAGGAGACGACGUCUGAUGGAGCUGCUGAACGAGCGCUGUCGUACCAUCCCAGAGAGCCAUGACAGCCCCUUCUGUCUCCGCAAACAGAACCCAGAGGGAAGCAACACCAGCUUCCUAUCUGUGAGUCCUACUAAAGAGAUCAAGAUGAUAGUAGGUAUCCGUCGUAGCAGUAUGAGCAGCAGCUGUGGCAGCAGUGGUUACUAUAGCAGCAGUCCCACCCUCAGUAGCAGCCCCCCGGUGCUCUGUAACCCAAAGUCAGUGUUGAAGAGACAAGUGAGUCCUGAGGAGCUGCAGACCCCAGGAGGCCCUUACAUAAAGAAGACAUUCACACCAGCAGACUGA